AUGAGACGUUUACCUCUCCUGUUCACGGCUAUGAGCCUGCUUCACCUCUACGGAGUGCUAUGCUACGUAGCAUACGGUGUUGGGGUCAACUUUCCUUGUGCUAUAGAGUAUUGGGACAUGAACCUGCUUUUACCCUUGGGCAUAGCACUGUUCCAGGUCGCAAACUCUCAAUUUCUUCACAUAGCCAGGCAACAGGAAAAAUACCUCAAUUUCGACAGUCUCGAUAAAAUGGUUCAACGAAGGAGUGCUCCAGCAUUUCAGGUCUCCUCAGGAAACCUUUGGCAACGAAUCGGACGGACGCUCAACAACCGUGAUCGUAUCAUUAGGAUGGUCGUCUGUGUUGUGCUUGCGAUGGGUAUGCAGAUUGCUCUGUCCUUGUUCAUCUUCUUGGUUUCCGAGAAGUUUCACAAGGGUUUCGGACUCUUUGCGGACGAUUUCCUGGGUACAAACUCGGCGACUCGAUUAAAUUGUGCCCGUGGCUGGGAGUGGUGGCUGUCCAUCCUCUGGCAAGUGUUUUGGUCGUGGAUUUAUGCCCCAUACAUCCUCUGGAGGUCCAAAGAUAUCAAGGACACUUAUGGGUGGCGGGUACAGACCAUUCGCUGUUGUAUCUCCGGAUUACCUGCUUCUCCUCUAUGGCUCUGCGCGCUCUACCUCGAUGCAUUCGAGCCUGUCAACGCAUUCUGGAUCCCACCGCAGUGGUUCGUGUUAUCCAUUACUUUGUUCGAAGCCUUCGCCUUGAUCAUCCCAUGCUACCACAUAUACCGACAGCACAGUUCCCAAGCAGACAUCCUCGGUGCUGUCGCUGGUCGGGACACCCACCUCAAACCUGCCACGUCCGGUUGUGAUUUCAUAACAGCUUUCAACAAUUCAUCUACACCCACGCUCGAAGGAUCAGAAGAGUUCAUCUUGGCAGCCACAAGUCGCCAGACGAGCAGAAGCACAAGCUUGCGAAAGAAUAUGAUGUAUACUAUGUCGGCAAUGGAACAUGCUCUCAAGUACGAUGCUGCACGACUUCAACAAUUUGCUGCACUGAAAGACUUCUCGGGUGAAAACAUUAGUUUCCUCACUCAUCUAUCUACAUGGCAUAGAAGAUGGCGAAGGCAGGAAGGAGGAAAAGUCAGUGCAGAGCACAACUCAAGAAGGCAAUUCAACGGAGCAAUACGUCUGUACGCCACUUUCGUCGCGGUCGAACAUGCCGAGUUCCCAAUAAAUAUCUCAUCUCGGGCUUUAAAAGCUCUUGACGAAAUAUUUGCUGGUCCAACAAAGUACCUCCUCAAUGACACGAGAUCAGAGUCGACAUACAACUCCGCUACGCCUUUCAACCUAGAGAAUGAGAAGACAGAUACGAGAAUUGACGUCGAAGCUGUGAUGCCUAGAUCAAGUAAUGAUUCUUCUCUACCAGACGAUACAUGGUACUCAGGAGAGAUCCCGCCGGGAUUCGACCAGAACGUCUUCGUCGAAGCAGAGAACGAGAUCAAGUACUUGGUGUUGACCAACACCUGGCCGAAAUUCGUCAAUGCUGGGUAUCAGUAA